AUGGCUCAUUCUCCUAAGUUAAGUAUUGCCGCUAUCGGUACCAUGUCCUCGGUUUUCAUUAUAUAUGCCCUUAUCAAAUCACCUUUGAAAUAUCAAUGGGCAAGUGAAAACAGAAUUAGUCCAAAGGCUGAUUUAGCCUGGAGAACUUCAAGUCAAAAAUGGCUUGAUAACCAAUAA